AUCAAGACGCUCUGAUAUAAAAUAAAACAUAUAAAGUAUCAUUUUUAAAAAAAUUCAUCAUGUCAGAAGAUGAAGCUAACGAAAUGUUUCAUCCCAAUCGUCCAAGACGAAAAUUUACGAAGGAACAGCAAAUGCUAGGUAUGUGGGCAGAUGACAGUGACGAGGAAGAGGAAUUAUCAAAACUUCCGACGAGAGGAUUUAGUAAAGGACCUAAAAAUUACACGGCGCCAGUUAAUUUUGUAGCGGGUGGUAUUCAGCAAGCCGGCAAACCAAGUGAAGAUAAAAAGAAGGACAAAGAUAAAAAUAACGAAGAAGAUGACGAUGAUCAAGACGUAUCGAAUACUUCAAGUGACUCAGAAGAAGAAGCACCUCCACGGCCGUCUUUCUCGAUUAACGCUGAUGCCGUGGGUGGAAUCGCCGGGUUGAGAAAAAAACGCGCACCAGUAAAUCCGUCUUUGAUGAGAACUGGAGUAGGCAACUGGGAAGUCCACACCAAAGGUAUUGGAGCCAAACUGCUGCUCCAAAUGGGUUUCGAGCCUGGUAAAGGGCUGGGUAAAUCUUUACAAGGUAUCAGUGCUCCAGUGGAAGCACAAGUACGACGUGGACGUGGUGCCAUUGGUGCUUAUGGCCCCGAGAAGUUGGCAAAAGUCCCGCAAGAGAAGAAGGACGAGGAUGCCGAGAAGACGAAGGAGUUCAAGGCCAAGUUGUCGCAGUGGCGAAAGACUGAUGGGGUACCCAGUAAAAAAAAGACCAAGUACUCGUACAAAAGUAUCGAUCAAGUUCUGGAGGAUGGAAAGUUAAGGCCGAGCAUAAACACUUCAAGUAGUGACAUGAGUCGUGUGAAAGUCAUUGACAUGACGGGUCCAGAGCAGAGAGUACUGAGCGGCUAUCAUGCCAUCGCUGGUCAGCAUCGUCCUGAUGAUUCCAGUGUUGAAACUGACAAAAAAUCUCUUGCAAACUUUGAACUACCAGAGCUGAAGCACAAUUUGAAUUUGAUUGUUGACAUGUGCGAGCAAGACAUCAUACAGAAUGACAGAAAAACUAGACAUUUGAGUGAUAGACUGGUUGAUCUUGAAGCUGAGCUGAAGACCAUGGCGAAAAUAAUUGAUCAGGAUGACCAGACGAUCAAUACCUUGAAUAGAGCCACAGCAAUAGUUGAGAACUUGGUGAUUAAUGAUAAGGAUAUGAGUUUGGAAGAGACUGCGGAAGGUUUUAAAAAAUUACAGGACGACUACUACGAUGUUUAUAAGACAUAUGAGCUUGGAGAACUCGCUAGCAGUCUGGUUGCGCCGAAAUUCAAGAGUUGUCUAGCUAGUUGGAGCCCGCUGCUGGAGCCAAUACGAUAUUUAAAGGAAAUGAAAGAGUGGAAAGACAUCCUGAGCAUUGGAAAUAAUGUUAUACAAGCCAGGACUUCAAUGAGUCCAUAUGAUCAGCUGAUUUGGAAUGCAUGGAUGCCGUCUGUUCGCGGAGCAGUUCAACAGUGGACAUGUCGACAACCCGACCCGCUUAUUGAAUUGAUUGAAAAUUGGAUGCAUUUGAUACCCAGCUGGAUUAUGGACAACAUACUGGAGAUACUGGUGCUAAAUAAACUUACACUAGAAGUUGAAGAAUGGAAUCCCUUGACCGACACUGUGCCCAUUCAUACCUGGAUCCAUCCCUGGUUACCACUGAUGGGUAAUCGUAUGGAUACUUUGAUAUAUCCAAUAAUUAGACGUAAACUUGGAUCAGCGCUAGGAGGUUGGCAUCCUUCUGAUAGAUCAGCAAGACUUAUGUUAGAACCCUGGUCUCAAGUAUUCACUAAAGGCGACAUGGAAGCUUUUCUAGUCAAAAACAUCCUGCCAAAACUACAGAUUGCAUUGUCUGAGUUUAUCAUCAAUCCUCACUCGCAGCAUCUGGAUAAUUGGAAUUGGGUUUAUGAUUGGGUGGCCAUGCUACCGGUUCACACGAUGGUCGGGCUGCUAGACAAGUUUUUCUUCCCAAAAUGGCUGCAAGUAUUGGCGCUGUGGCUCAAUCAUUCUCCAAAUUAUGACCAGAUAACGCACUGGUACAUGGGAUGGAAGAAAAUGCUGAACGACAGACUAUUGGCUGAGCCAGUCAUCAAAGACCAUUUCAAGAAGGCGCUGGAUAUGAUGAAUCGAGCUGUGUCAACUCCUCAAGGCCUUCAACCUGGUGCUGUUGAGCAAGUUUCUUAUUUGACGAGUCUUGAAAGAACGCAGCCAGUUCCUCAGAUCCCUGCUUCGGCUCAACCACGUAUUGAGAGACUCGCAGAAGCUGUACGUACCGCUUCGCAGAUACCUCUAGGCUUCAAAGAUCUUGUGCAGAAGAAGUGCGAAGAACGCGGGAUUCUGUUCAUGCCGAUGGCGAACCGAUAUCGCGAAGCUAAACAAGUCUACAAAGUUGGCAACGUACAGGCCUACAUCGAUGGCAGCGUUCUUUUCGUCAAUCAUAAAACGUCUAAUUGGGUUCCGACUCAUUUAAACGCUUUACUAGACAUGGCGGAACUCUAACCAAUGGUAGGAAAUUUCUAAUUAUAAAUAUUUGUCAUUUUUUAUAGACAAAUUGUUGUUAUUUAGUUUUUUACUUUGUCGGGAAAACGAUUGAAUGCAGGCCAACUCCAUAACUUUUUAUUUUUUUUUCGUUAAAUUAAUUAGAUAUAAAAAAAAAUGCUCGAUUAAGAGUAUUCAGUUUUCACAAUUAAAUUAUUCACGAUAACAUGCAACUAUAAGGUGAAUGUCCCAAUACCGGAACGACGAAAGGUAUACGACUGAUUUUUAUCGUUUUAAAAAUAUUCAAAUAGAUUAUAAACGAAAUAAUUUAUUAUAUUAUAUAGAAUAGACAUUUACCUAUUCAAAAAUAAUCAAAUUAGUUCAUUUUUCUCAAAUUUAAUAUAGAAGAAAAAAUUUUUUUCUAUGACACCCAAAAGAUCCAAUACCGGAACGCUGAAAUAACUUUGUCCCAAUAACGGAAUUCGGUUGUCUAAUACUGGAGCAGUAAAUAAAAUGAGUUUUUUUUGCAUUUAUCCCUAGCAGACCUGAUUUACCGUAAAUUUACGGUAAUUUUACCGUAAAUCUACCGUAGAAUACCGUAAAAUUCGAGUAGAUUUACCGUAAAUUACGGUAAACCCACCGUAAAUUACGGUAAAACCACCGUAGAUUACGGUAAAUCCACCGUAAUUUACAGUAAAUCGGUACUUUACGGUGGAUUACCGUAAAUUACGACGAGUAUACCGUAAAUUUACCGUCAAAUACGAUAAAUCUACCGUAAAAAAUUCGAGUGGAUUACCGAAUUACCGUAAUUUACGGUGGAUUACCGUAUUUCCGUAUUUUACGGUAAAUCCACCGUAAAUUACGGUAAACCCACCGUAAAUUACGGUAAAUCCACCGUAAUUUACGGUAAAUCGGUACUUUACGGUGGAUUACCGUAAAUUACGGCGAGUAUACCGUAAAUUUGCCGUCAAAUACGAUAAAUCUACCGUAAAAAAUUCGGGUGGAUUACCGAAUUACCGUAAUUUACGGUGGAUUACCGUAUUUCCGUAUUUUACGGUAAAUCCACCGUAAAUUACAGUAAAACCACCGUAAAUUACGGUAAAUCCACCGUAAUUUACGGUAAAUCGGUACUUUACGGUGGAUUACCGUAAAUUACGGCGAGUAUACCGUAAAUUUGCCGUCAAAUACGAUAAAUCUACCGUAAAAAAUUCGGGUGGAUUACCGAAUUACCGUAAUUUACGGUGGAUUACCGUAUUUCCGUAUUUUACGGUAAAUUCACCGUAAUUUACGGUAAAUCGGCAUUUUACGGUGGAUUACCGUAAUUUAUGGUGAGUUUACCGUAAUUUGGGUCCGUUAGGGAUAUUCAUAGUGAAAAUAUUAACAAUUAUUAAAUAAUAUUAAUGUAAAACGAGUGUGAAUGUAGCAGACAUCAGAAAAAUUUACAAUUAUAAAUAAAUAAGGUAAAUAAUUGAAAAAAUAAUAUUUAUAAAAAAUGCACUUAUUAAUUUCAAAAUUUUUUGAAUACGCAUUUUUUAAAAUUUUAUUUUAUUAAUUAUUUCCUCUAUUUAUUUAUAGUUUUAAAUUUGUUUGAUGUCUGCUACAUUCACACUCAUAAUGUAAAAUGUAUUUAAAAUUUUUAAAUGAUUAAAUAUUCAAUGAAAAUAAAUAUUUUGAACUGAAGAAUAGAAACGAAAUAAAUCAUCUGAGGUUAUACUAUAAAAAUAAAUGUAAUAUCGGAUGUUGUGGAUAUUGGAAUAUUAAGGUAAUCACAAGAAGAUGUAAAGUGCGUGCGGUCAAAGGUGCAAGAUCAUUGAUAUAUAUUAAAGUAAAGGUUUAUUUAAAAUGACAACUUAGUCAAUACAAAAGGACGUCUUUACAUUGAGAGGGUUCGACUUUAACUACUCUUGUUUCUCCACUCCAAACCCUGGGUACAAUACCCCCAGUUAUCCUCACACUCACAAUCGCACACAUUCUUACAUUAGUUUUUCAUAUUUUACUUUCCUUAACAUUCAUAACCAUCUCUAGUUGCAAUGGAGGUCUGCUUAUUUUCAACCGGGCACUUUUAUGACCCGGGCCCGUCCUAAUCCCUGAAUUUAUGACCUCCGUCCUCAACUCUCACUCACGCGGUCACUUCCGUCAUAAACCACCAUUCGUACUGCAUUCUCACAUGUUGUUUAUUUCUUAACUCAACUUACAAAGUUUUUAACACACACACAUAUUGUGAUGGUGGGAUGGUGUGCAGCCAAGCUGCUAUACUAUCACUAUUAUUAUUGUUAUUACUAUGACUAAUUCUUAUAUUACUAUAACUAUAAUUACUUAAAACUAGUAUUAUUACUACUCUUAAAACUAGUACUAGGAACACACAAAAAACAAAGUUCUGGUCCGCUUGGCUGCACACCAUCCCACCAUCACACCCCUCCUACCUCAGCAAGAAAAGAGGUUAGCUAGCUGACUUCUUUUCUUCAAGCUCGUUCAGCAACUGGUGGACCGUCUUGUCCAUCGCUUCGACUUUCGGUAUCGGGGUGUACUUAUACCGUGUCACCUUAAAUAAACGUAAUGCCCCUUAAAUAAUCGUAUGCGGUGAAUACAGCUCGUCUAGCCACUACUUUCGGCCUUACUUCGGCCAUGGGUGUCAGAGAGUCUACUAGUCGCUCCAGUGGUGUCCGGAUCUUUCGUGGUGGCGUAAACAGAUCUCCCGGUAGAGACUUAAAAUGGUCCGGGUACUCGGACAACAGUGGCGCGUUGUCGUACUCGAGCCAGGCUGCUGUGGGCUCAAAUCUUUCACGUUCUUCUUGCUCGAUCUCGGCCCGCAAUUGUUCUUCACGGGCUUGUCGUAGUCUGUCAUUUAUUGCCUCACGUGACUGGUCCUGGCUGCCCCGGUCUUCAUCUGAGGAAUGCUCGUCCUCGUUCUCGGGGUCUUCAUUCAGAGGAUCAUCGUCUGAGUUUUCUAUGUUGUCCAAUUCAGCUUCGGAUCGGUCGAGAUCGAGUAGAAGCUGAUCAUAAUGGCCGGCGCGACCCGCGUUAGCUGUACGCGUCUUGGUUAACUCGGAACGUAGUAAAAAUCUUAAUUCGGAUAGUGUCGCCCUCGGUUCGAUAUCAACGCGGUAUUUCCGGAGUUCUUUAAUGAGGGCGUCUUUUCGUAGCGAUCAUACCCACAAGUUAUUUAGUACAUUCAUUCCACUCGCGAUACUACAUAAAUAAAAAAUUUAACACAAAAUUUUAUUUUUUACAUAAAAAAAGAAAUUAAAGCUGAAUAAUGAAGGUAUCCGAUCCUUAUAGUGGUUAAGCAAAAAUAAUUUUUUCCACGCCCGGAGACCAAAAAAAAAAAAUUAAAAAAAUUUGAAAAUUUUUUUGUCGCUGGUUUUUCUAAGAUUACUCUAAAACCACUGACGCUAAAAAUUUUUGAAGUUCUAAUCCAAAAAAUAGAUACUUGGAGCUACAAUUUCCUUUUUUUUUUUUUCUUGUACGACCAUUUCUCUCAAAGUCUGAGCCUGUUGAAAAUCGCCUAAAAAUUUAGAAUUUUUUUUUGAUCCUUUAAUUUUUUCCAUUAGUGUAUUAUAACAAUAACGAGACAAAAAAUAAAAAAUAAAAAGACCUGUAAAUAAUAAUAUAAUAUUUAUUCUAGAAUAAGGAAUUAA